GGAGGAGCCUCCGCCGCCUGCCCUUUUACUUUCGGGCGCCGGCACUUGGCUGCAGGCUGCCGCCGCUGCUGGCCGGGCCCCCCCUUGCCCCCUCCGUUAUGGGCACCCCACACUUUUAAGGCCGGGGCGGCUGCCCUCUGCGCCGCCCCGGGGCGGGGGGGGCACGGUGAAUUAGUUAAAAAUCCCUAUUUACGUGGUUAUUCAUUGCCCCGGUCCGGGCAUGUGAACAACCACCCCCCUUUCCCCUCCAAUCCACCCCCAGCGCCAUGCCGGCAGCCUGCACCCUGCUGCUGCUGCUGGGGCUGGGGCCGGUCCUGCCGACCGGGUCGCUGCCCCUCGCUUCCCCACGGCGUCUUCCACCUCCUCCUCCGUCCCGAAGCCGCCUCGGCAGCUCUUCCUCGCCUCCCGCCGCGGGACACGCCGGCAGCCCGGUCAUUGACAGUAGCCAUCAGGCAAGCAGAAGCUCAUAUACAGAGAUAGGGACUUCUGGUGCCCUCAUGGACAACGUGGAGCUGAUGACAACGCUGGCUGGGAGCAGGGAGCAUGCAUCACUGCCUGCCAGGCACAAUAUGGUGCCAGCAGUGAAUAGGGUCAUGGGGCAUAUUGGUCCCCACACCAGAAGUGGGGAUAUCACCCCACUGGGAGCAGGAACCCCAGAGAGUCCAUCUGCUGGGACAGCAACACACCUGCCUGCCUACAGCCAUCGUUGUGCUGCUGGAAGCCAUCGUCAUGCUGUGGGCAGCCUGGAGAGAGACAGGAGGGCUCUGGGUUCUGCCAGCACCCCAGCAGCUGCUGAGAGUACAGUUUUGGCAGCCAUCAGCACUGAUUCAGUUGAGAGGAUGCUGGAUGAGCCCCGUGGGGCCUGGCAUGUGGCGGGGUUUGACCAUACCAUGACAGCAAUGCUGCCUUCAUCUGCAGAGACUCAUCACUCAGGCACCAGUGAUGCCUUGCAACUGCUGAGCAGCUGGAUAGGCAAGGAGCCAUCUGGUAGCCCUCCUGUAGGCACCGCAGCCACUUCACCAAGCCCCUUGGGGAACAGUGGAGGGACACUGCUGCCCGUCCCAAGCACUCCCUUCCCUGACUCUCCAGGACAGCCCCAGUCCUCCCCAGAAGCCAGUAGCCAGGCUGUUGCAAACAAUGUCAUGCUACACCCCAGGAAUAUCAUGGGAAACUCCACAAGUCCCUCACGCACAGCAUUGCCUGCCAUGGACAGCACUUUCAGAGCUGCUGGGAGCAGCAUCAGGGCUGCAGAAAACCUGAGGUCCAGUACCCAAAGGCUAGCACCUGGCUCAGCAGCUCAGCCCUUGACCUUGGCAAACUCUUUGCUGGCCCUGGCACAAGAACAUUUCCCCAGGCCCUCCACAGAGCAUGGGUUUGCCCCUUCUCACCCGGCUUUGGAAAGCACUGAUGUGGAUGAGCUUGCCAUUGGAAGCAGCUACCAGCUAUCCAAUAGCUCAGCCACGGAGAGGAGAAUUUCAGACUUCCUCACCACCAGCACCUCCAUUUCCACAACAGACACCAAGGGUGGAUGGAGGAUGUUAAGGUCUCUGCCAGCCAGCACCAGGCUGGCUGAUGCAGCAGAGAUUUCCACCUCUGGUACUGAAAUGACCAGCUCUUCAGCUCAGAGCCAGUCUCUGGGAGGCCAGGGUGGUGGUGGCAGAGGGGCCACAGGCUUGUCACUCAUGGGCUCACCGUCUGCUUUGGAAAGCACUUCUUCAGCCUUUAGCAACAAUUAUGAACCCAAGAGCAUCCCAGCUGCAGAAGAGGCAAUGCUGCGCUCGGACACCCAUGAUGCUGACAUGCCAAGCAUGGCAGCAGGCUCACCAGGGUACCCCACAAAUGGCCACACAGCUGGCACGACAGAGGGAUCUGCCAAUACCACCAACCCCACCAGCUCUUCAGGGGAGACAUUCUCCUCCUCAGGGGCCAGGACACACCAUCCUAGUGGCUCACAGGAAACCUCUGAUCUCCGGGUGCCUCCCAGGGAGUCUUCACUCACAAGCUCCUUCUCUGCCUCCGAAAGUGUCAGAAGCAGCCACCAACCAGUUGACAGCUCAACAACAAACAAAAACCCCCGUGCUUCCUCUCCCACUGGCACUUUCUUUUCAGCCAUGGCCACAGGCAGCAGUGGGAGGUCCCCAAGAUCUGCCACCAGCAGUAGCCGAUGGACAGCAGAAGUCUCCACAGCCACUAGUGGCAUGUACAGGACCUUGGGCACGAUCCGAUCCUUGUCCACGUCUUCUGUGAAAGAGACCUAUGGAUUGCAUGGGUCCAGAGAAAUCACAGAUUUCACCGAACGGGUGGCAGACUCUGUGCUAACACGCUCUCGCUCUCCUUCAGAAGGUCCUUCCUUAGCUACUGGAAGCAGCCAUGUAUCAUUCAGCAUCCUGGCAACAGACAGAAGAACCAAUUUCCUUACCACCAGUACCUCUGCUUCCACAACAGCUGCCGAAGGUGGAGGGAGAACAUUAAGGUCUCUGCCAUCCAGCACCAGACUGGCCCGAACAACAGAGAUUUCCACCACUGAUAUCAGAACCGUCAGCUCUCCAGACCAUACUCAGCCCGCUUUGGGAGCCCAGGGUGGUGGUAGCAGAAGUGCCACUGUGUCAUCCACAGACCCAUUUCUCGCAGGCUCACCACCUGCUUCAGAAAGCAUUUCCCCAGCUGAAGGGACCUUAGCAACGGGAGGACGCCUGCCCAAUGCUCCUCUCACCAGUACACCUAGCUCAGUGACACCCACCAACGGUGGGGAGAGGAGCACAGUGCCUGUGUCAGACACCCAUGCAACAUCCAAAAUGGCAGGGAGCUCUGCUUCUGCUUCGUCCCACACCAGCUCCUUCAGUGUGGUUCUUCUACCAUCCUCAUCAGCAACAGAGCCUGGGAGGCAAAGCAGUGUUUCACAGAGUGGUGCUGGACUUGCUGAACUUCCAACAAAGCCACUGCCUGCAUUUUCUCCCAGCACUUCAGUGCCAUUGCCUCCACCAAGUGUUUCAGUUCCAGAGGGAGGGAGAAGAGUUUCUGGUGCUCCUACUGAGACUGUAUAUGUCUCAACCACACUCUCCAGCCACAAGGAGGGGACAUCUCAGGCUGUAGCUAACCGUGGCAGGUGGAGCACAGCAGCAGAAAGCCCCAUGUCUCAUGCAGACAUGGCCAGGGAGCCCCGUACUAGCUUCCUCCCAUCUUCCACAGUGUGGCCUGGAGCAGGACACUUCACAUCCAGCCAAGCAGGCUAUCCAGAGGCCAAGGUCACCCUUUCAUCCAGGGUCUCCACCUACUUCUCAGCUACCCGUGUACCUUCAGCCAUGGCCAGCAGCCAUCACUCCCUAAGCAGCUUGAGUGCCGAGGAAAGGAUGCCCAGCCCCAUCACUGAUCCUGUGUACAGUUCAUCCAGGUCUGCUGGGGAUGGAGAGAGGACACUGCACUCAGUGACGGAUGAUGUGUUGGCUGGUGGCACGGGGAGCUCUGCUUCCUAUGCCGAAACUGACAGCUCUCCAGCGCCGGCUCAGACGGUGUCAGCGGAGCAGAGUGGAACAGUCAAUGCCUCCACCAGCAGGGGGUUUGCGACGGAGACGCUCUUCACACGUUCUUCCAAGAUACCCACUUACUCUUCUGUCCAAAGCGAUCUCACAAGCUUUUCAAGUAGCCAUCAGCCAGUCAAUAGCAUCGAUGCUGAGAAAAGGACCUCGGUUUCUCAUACGGAUGGCACAUACAUUUCAACCACAUAUACCAGAGGAGGAGAAAGGACCCUCCUGUCUAUCUCAAAUAGCAGCACCUCUGCUGACUCCUCAGAAAGUUCCACUUUUUUUCCUGAAAUUUCCAACCCUUCUGAUCCAUCAAAAUCUUCUGUGGCACAGGACAGGAGGAGCAAUGUAUCCAGUGAAGGCAGUUUUGUUGAACCAUCUACAGAGCCGUUGCUGGUACACUCUUCCAAAGAGUUGACUUAUGCUUCUGCAGGCAGUGUACAACAUACAACUCUCUUCAACACUGACUCUGGCUUGUUGACCACUGGCAGGUCAUCUAUAUCUUCAUCACCAUUUCCAGUCUCUUCCUCACUGUCAUCUCUGCAUCACUCACUGUCAUCAACACCAGCACCAAAUUAUCUGUUUACAUCAUCAGAGUCAUCUGAGCCACUCUUGUCCUCUGUAAUGGCAUCUUCACCCCCUGUGCAGGCUUUGUCAUCCUCCUUGCCCACUUCCUCAUUGCUUUCCCCAUCUUAUUCAUUAGCAUCUUUAUUGCCUCUGUUUUCAUCGUCAUCAUCGGUCUCACAGUCCAAUGAUAGCAAUCAAACAAGCACCUCUGUAGCUACGACUGUGGUCAGGCGGGUGCCCUCCACAGCUGCCGUGGCUGGGAGCUCACACAGAGAGACCAAAAUGCACAUUGUCACGCACCAACCCCAAGACAGCUCCACCUUCACCUCCACCGGGUCUCUUCUUCCUACAGCACCUAUGGAGCAGCUUGGUGGACACAUCGUGUCUGUUUCUGCUCCCGUGACAGUAACAGAGACCACCUCACCCGAAGUCACCACCGCCCAGGGGGGCAGCUCUGGGAAGGCAACGCCGCUGCUUACCACAGCCAGUGAUGCCCCACAGCCUGGGCCAACAGAGGCACCCCAUACCCCCUCACUGAGUGCUACAAACCACAGCAUCAUCAUCCCUGUGGUUGUACGGACCACGGUGAAACCUGUGCUGACAACAUCGGCCAGUCACCCACCAACCCCAGGUGAUGCCAGCACUAUGAAAGACCAUAGAGCUCAAACGCUGGCUGCCACUAAGCGUGUAUAUACCACUAGUGAAAGCAGAGAAGCUGUGGACCUCACCACUGCAAGGCCUGGUGAAGUCACUGAGGAAAACAUCCUUGUUACGAGUCCUUCUGAAGCUUCUCCAACCAGCAAGACCACUGUGAGCCUUGCAACUACUUUGGCUGCUACCAAAGCAACCACUGUUCCUCCAUCAGGUAGCACACCCAGGCCAAGGAUGUCAUCUCCAGCAACAGACGUGGAUAAAUGUCUUUCCAACCCUUGUCCUGCACUGGCCACCUGCAACAACACCCAUGGCUCUUAUAUCUGUCAGUGUCCUCUUGGCUAUGAGCUGGAAAAAGGAAAGUGCAAUUUAGUAAGAAUAUUUAUUGGCCAGGUUCCCCUGAAAGUUAAUAUUACCCAUGGGAAGUAUGCAGAGCUCCUCCACGUUGAAGAUGAGAUCCUGACGAUGCUUGAUGCAUCACUGUCCAGCUUACCAGGGUACCACCACUCCACAGUUAAAGCAACCAGGGAGACGAAUUUUGUGCAUGUUUCAGUGCAAUCCACAUUCUCUUUAUCAUCCAAUGUGACUCUUUAUGACGUUGUUAGCAGCGUGAAAAGCUACAUUCGAGCUUGCAAAUCCCCCACCGAAGCCUGCCAGUUCAUCUCCAGCCUGAAGCCGCUCCACAGAGUUGGCAGCUUGUGCAAGCAGAAAGACCCUGAAUGUGACAAGGAAACUUCUGAAUGCACUGACUUUGAUGGAGUUGCUCUCUGCCACUGCAAAAGUGGGUACUUCAAAUACAACAAGAUGGACCACUCCUGCAGAGCUUGUGAAGAUGGAUAUAAGCUGGAAAAUGAGACCUGCGUGAGCUGCCCAUUUGGCUUAGGUGGAUUCAACUGUGGAAACCCAUAUCAGCUUAUCACCGUGGUGAUUGCAGCUGCAGGAGGCGGACUUCUGCUUAUCAUGGGCAUAGCACUUAUCAUCACCUGCUGCCGGAAGAAUAAAAAUGACAUAAGUAAACUCAUUUUCAAGAGUGGGGAUUUCCAGAUGUCACCGUAUGCUGAAUAUCCGAAGAAUCCCCGGGCACAGGAGUGGGGCAGAGAGACGAUCGAGAUGCAGGAGAAUGGGAGCACCAAGAACCUGUUGCAGAUGACAGAUGUAUAUUAUUCGCCAACUGGACUGAGAAAUCCUGAACUGGAAAGAAAUGGACUUUAUCCUCCCUACACUGGUUUGCCUGGAUCUCGACAUUCAUGCAUCUACCCUGGACAAUACAAUCCAUCCUUCAUUAGUGAUGAAACCAGAAGAAGAGACUAUUUUUAGCAGGGAGUGGAAAGGGAGUGGAAGAUUGACACAAUUCUGUGGCCCUUGAUCCCCAGGUACAAUCUGUCUCCUGGGCAGUUCAGCCCAUAUCAGUCUUACUCUUCCCAUUUAACAGGAAGGACUUUGAACUUCAUGCCAAGCAUUGCUGCCCUGAGGAAUCGUUGCACUCCCUAAGCAGCAGAAGGAAGGAGGAGGAGGAAGAGGGAAUGGCUCAAGGUGCACAUCACUGAAAGACCCAGGUGGAAGUUAAUACAUGUACUCCAGA